AUGUUUUAUUUGUUUUUUCUUUUCUUGCUUUCUUUCUUUUUUUUCUUUCUUUCUUUUAUAUAUUCUUAUUCUGUUUAUUCUUUCCUUCUUUCCUUCUUUCUUUCUUUCUUUCUUUUUUUCUUUCUUUCGUCAUUUCUUUGUUUCUUCUUUCAUUCGUUACUUAAGUUCUUUCUAUCUUUCAUUCUUUCUUUCUUUCUUUCUUUUAUUCUUUCUUUACGUAAGUUCUUUCUAUCUUUCAUUCUUUCUUUCUUUCUUUUAUUCUUUCUUUACGUAAGUUCUUUCUAUCUUUCAUUCUUUCUUUCUUUCUUUCUUUUAUUCUUUCUUUACGUAAGUUCUUUCUAUCUUUCAUUCUUUCUUUCUUUCUUUUAUUCUUUCUUUACUUCUUUCUAUCUUUCAUUCUUUCUUUCUUUCUUUCUUUCUUUUAUUCUUUCUUUACGUAAGUUCUUUCUAUCUUUCAUUCUUUCUUUCUUUCUUUUAUUCUUUCUUUACGUAAGUUCUUUCUAUCUUUCAUUCUUUCUUUCUUUCUUUCUUUCUUUUAUUCUUUCUUUACGUAAGUUCUUUCUAUCUUUCAUUCUUUCUUUCUUUCUUUCUUUCUUUUUCUUUCUUUACGUAAGUUCUUUCUAUCUUUCAUUCUUUCUUUUUCUUUCUUUUAUUCUUUCUUUACGUAAGUUCUUUCUAUCUUUCAUUCUUUCUUUCUUUCUUUCUUUUCUUUUUAUUCUUUCUUUUACUUCUUUCUAUCUUUCAUUCUUUCUUUCUUUCUUUCUUUCUUUUUUUUUAUUCUUUCUUUACGUUCUUUCUAUCUUUCAUUUUUUCUAUCUUUCAUUCUUUCUUUCUUUCUUUCUAUCUUUCUUUUUUUUCUUUCUUUCUUUCUUUUAUUCUUUCUUUACUAUUCUUUCUUUCUUUCUUUCUUUCUUUCUUUUAUUCUUUCUUUACGUAAGUUCUUUCUAUCUUUCAUUCUUUCUUUCUUUCUUUCUUUCUUUUAUUCUUUCUUUACGUAAGUUCUUUCUAUCUUUCAUUCUUUCUUUCUUUCUUUCUUUUAUUCUUUCUUUACGUAAGUUCUUUCUAUCUUUCAUUCUUUCUUUCUUUCUUUCUUUCUUUCUUUUAUUCUUUCUUUACGUAAGUUCUUUCUAUCUUUCAUUCUUUCUUUCUUUCUUUCUUUCUUUCUUUCUUUCUUUACGUAAGUUCUUUCUAUCUUUCUUUCUUUCUUUUAUUCUUUCUUUACGUAAGUUCUUUCUAUCUUUCAUUCUUUCUUUCUUUCUUUCUUUCUUUCUUUACGUAAGUUCUUUCUAUCUUUCGUCUUUCAUUCUUUACCUAAGUUCUUUCUGUCUUUUAUUCUUUCUUUUUUUACUUAAGUUCUUUCUUCCUUUCAUUCUUUCUUUCUUUAUUUCUUUCUUUUAUUCUUUCUUUCUUUCUUUAUAUAAGUUCUUUCUUUUUUCCUUUUUCUUUCUUUACAUAUGUUCUUUCUUCCUUUUUCUUUCUUUAACUAAGGUCUUUUCUUCAUUCUUUCUUUUUUCUUUAUUCACCGAAGUUCGUUCUUUCUGUCUUUCUCUUUUCUUUCUUUUCUCUUUCUUUCUUUUAUUGCUGUUCUUCUCUUCUUUUUCUUUUAUAGUAUUCCGUUGUUUCUUUGUGUCUUUCUUUUUUCUUUUCUAUCUUCUAUACUUGAUUUUAUAUGGCCAUAAACCACCUGCACUCUUUCUUUCUUUCUUUCUUUCUUUCUUUCUUUCUCAAUCUAUCUAUCUAAUCAUAACUUUUUUAUCUAUCUAUCUAUCUAUCUAUCUAUCUAUCUAUCUAUCUCAGCCCCUUCUCUUUCCAAACUUGUUACUCUUAAACAUCUGCAUCGAUACGCUUUCACGCACUCUCUAUAUGUAUCUCUAUUUCUUCCUCUCCAUCUUCGUUCCUCUUCUUCUUUGCUUCUAUUUCUUUUCCAUCACUCUCCCUCCCUCUCUCUCUAUAUAUAUAUAUCUACACAUAUUUCUGUUUCCCUCUCUGUUUGUGUGUCUACCUCUCUGUAUUAUUAUCAUUUUUCUCUCUCAUUUUCCCCCUUUCUUUCAAUAA